UUUAUAUAAACUCUCCCAUUUCGCCCUUUCUCUUUCUCUCUUUGCAUUCUCAAACCCAAAACCCUUGGCCGCCUCCAAACCCUCGACAAGGAGCCCUAACAUCUUCGAAGCCGAUCCUCUAGAUCGAAGCAAACAAUGGCGCUGCCGAACCAGCAGACGGUUGAUUACCCUAGCUUCAAGCUUGUCAUCGUUGGGGAUGGUGGCACAGGGAAGACGACAUUUGUGAAGAGGCAUCUGACUGGGGAGUUUGAGAAGAAAUACGAGCCUACCAUUGGAGUAGAAGUGCAUCCCUUGGAUUUCCACACUAACUGCGGAAAGAUCCGUUUUUAUUGCUGGGAUACUGCGGGGCAAGAGAAGUUUGGUGGGCUGCGCGAUGGUUAUUAUAUCCAUGGGCAGUGCGCAAUUAUCAUGUUUGACGUGACUGCGAGGCUUACAUACAAAAAUGUGCCUACAUGGCAUAGAGACCUUUGCCGCGUCUGUGAAAAUAUUCCUAUUGUUCUUUGCGGCAACAAAGUUGAUGUCAAGAACAGGCAGGUUAAAGCAAAGAUGGUCACCUUCCACAGGAAGAAGAAUCUUCAAUACUAUGAGAUAUCUGCUAAGAGCAAUUACAAUUUUGAGAAGCCAUUCCUUUACUUGGCUAGAAAGCUUGCUGGGGAUAUGAACCUGCACUUUGUCGAAUCACCUGCUCUGGCACCUCCUGAAGUUCAAAUUGACCUUGCCGCUCAACAACAGUAUGAGGCUGAGAUAGCUGCAGCAGCAGCCCAGCCACUACCAGAUGAUGAUGAUGAUGCAUUUGAGUAGAAUGCUUGGCAUGGGCUUCUUUUAUUGUCGCCAUUUGUGUUCUACUUUGCAUGAAACACUACCAGGCAUGACAUAUCCUAAUGUCUGGUAUUGUUAUUGUGCUGCGGAACACUACCGGGCAUGACAUAUCCUAAUGCCUGGUAUUGUUAGUGUGCUGCGGACUUCUAGUUAUGGAUUUGUUCUUGGAUUAUUAUUGUUUUUUUUUUUUUCGCGUCAUUUAAGUGGUUUUUCCUUUGAUUAUGUUCUCUGAAUGUCAUGCUGCCUGCCUUCUCAUACAUAGUCACAAGACUCACAACUAUCUUAAAUUAUUUAUUUUUUAAGUGGAUUUAUUAUUUAAUC